UCCGAAGAUUUCCCACUUGAGCACUAUAGAAAAACACAAGCUAUCCACAUAAUGUCUACCAAAGCCAUCAUCUUCGCCAGCAUAGUCGCCUUCACAUCGGCACUGCCGUCGUACGGCAAAAACACUGAAACUACUGAAUGCUGGCGAACCAACCCCGGAACCUCCUUCUAUCGUUGCGCGAAUGGCAAUAUAGGCUGCUUCGCAUACGACCCGUGUGGCCCUCAAGUAUCCAGCACCACUCCGCCAACCACCGUGCCCAACGUUACCCCGACCCCCACCACUGUUCCAAGCGCGAAAUACACUCUCACCCAACCCCGCUCCUAUAAUAUCUAUCCACUCAAUGAGGCUCUACACGACUCCGAGGACCCUGUCUCUCACGUCGAUCUCCUCAAGGUCGCUAAUGGCGGAAUCGUCACUACCAACGCUAUGGUUUUCGAAAAUAUCCCUGCAGGCGCAAAGAACUGCUUUCUUGGAUGGAACUCUACUGUGCCCGGUGGCGAGAACGACUUUAAGGUCACAGGAAAAGGACAAGCAUCGCGGCGCCAACUUACUGGCUUCCCUACUUCAGAAGAGAAGGUUUCGUUCAACAGUUUGAAGAAAUACCAGGAUAACAGUGCCGAGUGGAGUCAAAGCUUGGAUUUCACGGGAUGGGUGGAGAGUCCGGGAACACAUGGAUCUGGGUUUCUGAAAUGCGGCGAGCAAGUGGCACUGGAAAUCAAAGGGAGCGAUGACGGUGAAGGGGAAAACAGGGUUUUCAUUACUAAUACUGAGGAUAAUGGGUUUUUCCUUACUUAUGAAGUUUGA